CUCGGUCGCCUUACCUGGAGGAGUCCCAGCGGCUGUAGCAGGACACCCGGUCUGAAGUCUGGCUCUGUCUAGGAACCUUCAGAUGCCUGGAUUUUAUUUCAGAUCCACUCUACAGCCUGGCAGCAGGUGCCAAGGGAGGGUGCAGGUGCCUGGGAGAGGCGGGGAAGACAACCAAAGAGACAGCACCGAGAGCGAAGAUCAAGAGUCCCGACCACCUGGGAGGGAGAGGGAGGGCCUGGGGGCUGCAAGUGAACCCUGCGGCUUCGAGGCGACCUACCUGGAGCUGGCCAGUGCUGUGAAGGAGCAGUAUCCGGGCAUUGAGAUCGAGUCGCGCCUGGGGGGCACAGGCGCCUUUGAGAUAGAGAUCAAUGGACAGCUGGUGUUCUCCAAGCUGGAGAAUGGGGGCUUUCCCUAUGAGAAAGAUGUAAGUAUUUACAGUGUUGGGAGGACCUCUGGGUCACCUACCCCAACAGUGCAUCCUGCCAUUCUGCAUCUCUAUCUGCUAGCUCAUUGAGGCCAUCCGAAGAGCCAGCACCGGAGAACCCCUAGAAAAGAUCACCAAUAGCCGUCCUCCCUGCAUCAUCCUGUGACUGCACAGACUGCAUUCCUGCUCUGCUCUGGGGUCCAAGUCUUGGUCUCCCCUGUGGUCCUUCUGGGAGCCCCCCCUGCCACUUUCCUGUACUUAGCUCCUUAGCAAAGAGACCCUGGCCUCCACUUUGCCCCUUUGGGUUCACGGAAGGAAUAGAUGAUUCCAUGAUGUUGGGGGCAGGAAAGAGAUACUCUCCACGGACACUUCCUCAGCCACCUUAUACCCUCUUCCCAGGAUAAGUGCCCACAAAAGCCCAGUCCUCUCUCCAGCUUGGUAAUACUUGUCUGAUGCCACGGUAGAUCUUAUUUAUUCUCCCCUAGUCCAGUGCAAUGUCAGCUAUUGGCAAUAAAGUGGCACUACAAACACUAA